UCGUGCUUGCUCGUAUUCGCGUCGUUAAUUAAAUUGCGUUUACGGGGAUCUAUCAUUGAGUCUAAAUUUCGCGCAGACCAUUCAACAACUCUGGUCAUUCAUCGAUUUUCAGUGGUCAGCUGUUGCAUAACCUAUAUAUGUAUAAUAUUAUAUAAUUAUAUCGCGAUAACAUACGUUCUGGCGUAAUCUAACAAUCGGUGAAAGAGUGUGUGCUUUCCAUGGGCGAGUGUUUCGUUGCAUGGCGUGCAAUAAUAUAUCAACAGAAGAAUAAAAAUGGCGUCCACGGAACAAGUUGGUCUCAACAAAAAUUGGGAAUUGUCACUUUACGAACUACAUCGUAUACCCCAAGAUCCCAUUACCGACAAUACCGAAAUAGCAGUUAGUCCUCGUAGCUUGCACAGUGAAUUGAUGUGCCCCAUUUGUUUGGACAUGCUGAAAAAAACCAUGACCACCAAAGAGUGCCUGCAUCGUUUUUGCUCCGACUGCAUUAUCACAGCGCUCCGAAGCGGCAAUAAGGAAUGUCCGACAUGUAGAAAAAAAUUAGUAUCCAAAAGAUCGUUGAGGCCAGAUCCGAACUUUGAUCUCUUGAUUCAAAAAAUAUAUCCGAGUAGAGACGAAUACGAGGCGCAUCAAGAGAGAGUUUUGGCAAAGCUGAACAAAUCGCAUUCGCAAGCUGCGCUUGUGAAUUCGAUAACAGAGGGAAUAAAAUUGCAGAGUCAAAACAGGCCACAGCGGUCAAGAAAGAACGCAAAUGAGCCAGAAAAUCCUAGCACUCCAUCCUACAACAACACACCGAAUGUGAGUGCUCCGGCGACUCCGACCCCUAGUGUUAUUGCGGCUAACCAAAGUGAUUCGUCGCAAAGCGCUACAGGACCCCUGAACAGCAAUUGUCCACCGGUGACGAACAAUUCGAGCUCGCAAAAUUCGAACAGCGUCUCGCAGCCGGCCAGCAGUCCUGCCAUUUCGGGCACAACUUCCAGAAACUCAACGACUCCUUCCCCCGGCCCAACAAAUCAAAUACCAAAGUCUGCUAAGCGAAUGAAAAGCUUGCAAAAUUCGGAAAACGACUCUUCCAGUGCGGAGGGAGAAACUCCUGGCGGUGAAUCCAUGGUCGACACAGAAGGCGAAGGCACCAGCGAACCUCUGAUGCUCAAUGAAAUUGAACUCGUCUUCAAACCGCAUCCCACAGAAAUGGCCGGCGAUAAUUCCCUCAUCAAAGCCCUCAAGGAAAAUUGUAUCAGAUAUAUAAAAACUACGGCAAACGCUACUGUCGACCAUCUGAGCAAGUACCUGGCAAUGAGGUUGACCCUGGACCUCGACACGGAGUUAUCCGAGUCCGACAGGCUAUUAAAUUUUUGUAUUUACAUAGCUCCGACGCCUGGUCAGUUGGUAGUGCUGAGCGGGGCUCAAACGCUUCGACAAGUGAACGACAAAUUUUGGCGAGUUAAUCGUCCACUGGAGAUGUAUUAUUCGUGGAAAAAGACCUAGGGACGGCUCCAAAAUUCUCCAACCGAGCCAAGCUAGUCACAAGGUCGUUGUUUCGAAGUUUGAGCAACGUGUGCCUUUCCCCGUGCACGAGCCCGAGCGUUCGUGUAAACAACGGCGAAAAAUAAAGCGAUCCGGGAUCCUCCCAAUUUGAAAUUCCUCGCGGGGACUACAAUCUCCUCCCGAAUUUCGAAAAAAAAAAUACAAAAAUAUGAUACUGCUGAAGAAUACUGAUUACAUGACAAACGAGACGAGCGAACUUUGUUGAAUUUCGCGACCGACGGACCGACUCCCAACUUGAGACCAUCCACAAUCGUUCGCUCGGUAAAAAUCUUGUUACACGGUUUAUUUGCUUGAUAUUUUAAAGAAAAUAUGAGUUACACGCUAUUCUCAUUUUAUCAGAGAACAAGUUAUAACUUAUUUUUGUUUCAAAAAAUCAAGAAUCUCGGACUAAACCGUGUAAACACUUUCCAGCGAUCUCUCUUGCAUUCACGCAACUCAUAGAUGACCUUAAUUUUAUGAAAAAGGGCAAAUUUUUAUAUUUUAAUGUAGAACGAGAAUAAAAAUCAUGUUGUGAUAAAGUGUGACAUAAA